GUGACUCGGUACAUCACUAACCUAAUCUGUGUUUCUGACAUGACUGAAAAUUAAUUUUAUUGAAUUUCACCGAAAACAGAAAAUUCUCAUUAUAUACUAAUACAAUGUUUAAAUUAAAGUUAACUGCUCUUGGCCAUCCUAAUCCCGAAAGUUUUAAUUGUGAAGACGAAAAGGAAUAUAGAAGCGUGGUUCUGUGGCUGGAGGAUCAGAAAAUUAGACAUUAUAAAAUCGAAGAACGAGAAGGUCUACGGAAUAUCGAUGGAGAUAAUUGGAAGGAAGCUUAUGACAUUUAUCAAAGAGACCUUGUUAGUCCUGCUACUGAGGGUCAACCGAAUGAACAGCUGAACUGGCUCUUGUCUUAUGCAGUUAGAUUAGAAUAUGCUGAUAAUGUUGAUAAGUAUAAGAAUGCUAAGAUUGAACAGCCAAAACAGGCAGCACCUAAUGUUGUCUCAACGAACCCUUUGGACAAUCUCGACUUUUCAAGCCCUGCUUUCAAAGCUGGUGUAGAAAGGGUCUCUGCACUUACUGGAGUUGGCCCACAUCCAGAUCCAAAGUACAGAUUAGCAGCUAUUGCAAAAAUACUAAAGACUUCCCCUCAUAUAGAUGUGGCGAAGACAGAGGCCAACAUUAUACAACAGCCAGCUGAUGUCUUGAAGCUACUUUUUGUGCAGGAUCUUAGAGAUUUACAAACGAAAAUAAAUGAGGCACUUGUUGCUGUUCAAGCUGUUACUGCGGAUCCACGUACAGAUACUAAACUGGGUAGGGUUGGUAGAUAACUCUCUUACUUAAUUUUUUACAUAGGGCAUUAUUACAUUACAUUGAGUGCAAGAGUAUUAAUUAUAUAAAUUUACUGAUAAGAUUAUUUAAUGCCCAAUAUGUCUUCUCAUACUUAUGUUUACUACUGCAAACUAAAAUACUACAUACUUGUGUGCUACAAAUUUUAACAUAAUUUGUUAUUGAGAAAUCUCUAAAGAAAUAUUUUUCUAUUUAUUUCAUAGCAAUCACUCAUGAAUCAAAUCAUGUAGUGAAAGACCAAGAUCUAAUCAGUCUGUGAAGUUAUCAAGUAUGAUCUGUACAAUUUAUUUCCAUAUAUAGUAGUUUGUAUCAUAUAUAUGUAUAUAUAUAUAUAUAUAUCCCAAUCCUAUCAGUUGUUGACUGUCCACUGAUGAACAUAGGCUUCCUCAAUAAAGAAGGGUUUUGCUUCUAGUUCCCACACUUGGCAGGUGAACUGACAACCACAAUUUGGCUUUGCUGUUGUUUUGAGAGGGAUGAUAUAUAUUUAUAUAUUAAAAUUAUUUAAAAAUACUUUUAAAUGUAUAAACUUACAUUUGCACAUUGUCAGUCAUUUCGACUGUGGUUAUAUUUAGCCACAAUUUUUGUAAUCAUGGUGUGUCAAAUAAAUUUAUAAUUCUGGAGUAGUUAAGGAUUAUUGAAAUGAUGUUUGCAGUAAAUUGAAUUAAAACUAAUAGUAAGGCAACAA